CUUAUUCUUAUGUUUGAAACCAAUAUGUACGCUCAUAAAACAAAAUGGGGUGCGGCUCUUGUGUUUAUGCUAUUGGAGGAAAGAAGAAGUUGACUGUCCCUGAAGUCGCGGUCUUCGUUCCGUCUACGCGAAUCCCGGCUCAGUCUGAUGUUCAAAAGCGUCUUAGAGGCCUCAUUCCAAAAGAUCUUGUUGACAGACAGUCAUCGCUUCGCAAUCAGAUUGUCUUAGUUGCAGAGGACACCGGAAGCAUGUGUGGCAAACUCCUGGUUUGAAGUACUAUCUGUUGUGGACCUGAUGGCUAUGCUUACAUUGUCGGAGGCUGACACCUUGAUGAUCCCAUUCAACCAUUCUGGUUCGACUAUAAGGACAGUUUCUUCAGAUUCCAAGAGAGAUGCUGUCGACUUAUUGCUCAAGGCAUCUGACUACUUGGAAUUCUGUGUCCGGGAUGUCCUGGUUCGCAUACCACCUGAAAUCAAGAAAAAUUUGCCCAAAAUUUUGCAGGAUGGUGUAUUGGAGGCCAUUUCUUAUCAAACUCUAGGCCAGGGAACAGAAAUCCAGCUUGGCUUAGCUGUUGAAUAUCAGAAGGCCGCACUAUCAGUUAAAAGGAGACUGGCAUGUGAACAGUUGACCUAUUUUAGUCAGGCCUAUAACUGCUUGUCAGGAUGUGACAUGAAUAACGGGUGUGAGAAGAAGCAUAUCUGGUUCAUCAAUUGGAAAUUUCUUGAGUCAAAGGCUGCAUCGUAUUACUAUCACGGUCUGAUCCUUGACAAGGGCAAUGAACCGUCCUGCCACGUUAGUGCUGUAUGUUGUUUUCUUGCGGCGGAAGAACUUCUAUCGGAGAGCAAGAAGGCUUGCUUAACCUUUUGCCUUGCAGCUCCAGUUACCAGGGCUCCUCCACUCUGGGGAGCUAUGAGGCAUUUGCAUCAGAAAAUUCCUGAAGUUGCAACAAGGAAAUCUCAGAUGUAUGGCUACCUUUUAGAACAAGAAAAGGUUCUACAAACAUUGCCUGACCUGCCAGAAUUUCAACUGUCAUUAAGACCUGAUGACUAUCAGCUACCCGAGAUUGACCCGGCCUGGGAUUCCGAAAAGUGGGAAGCUGAAGGCCAGACCUUGAAAGCGCACCCAAAAGACAGCAACGACGAGACAUAGACUCCAGAGUGAUACUUUAAGUCCAGUACUAAUCAUGUUAUUAGUGACUUAAACAAGCUUAAUACAUAUCACAAUGUAUAUGUUUUAUAUACGAUCAUCAUUCAUCACUGAUAUAUGAUGGUCCACGCAAGUCAGGCGAGCAAAUACAAAGGGGUCAUCAAUUAGUGACAAUCUUGUUGAAUUAAAUGGCA